AUGGAGUUGCGGCACCAAGGUUUUGUUCGCGGUUUCGCCCGCGGCUUUGCCCUCGCUAUGCUCGACAAGCUUGCCAACAGCAACGCUGCGAGCACAGCGACGGCAGGUCGGCCGGUCAAGGAGGGCGGCGCGUUCUCCGCCGAGAUGGGCCAGCUGCACCUGGAGAAGCGCUGCCGGCCGUGCGUGGCCUUUGCCUUGAAGCCGGAGGGCUGCUGGAAGGGCGACAGCUGUUCCUAUUGCCAUUUCUGCAGCCGCGAGGAGGCGAAGUCUCGCCGGCAGCAGCUCCAGCUGGAGGCCAGGAGCUCGCGCCGGGCAAACCUCCGAGCGAAGCCCAGCGAGGCGAACGCGAAUCUCGGGGUCCAAGAAAUCCGCUUUGCCGGCAGCGGGCUCACCACGUCCUUCUGGCUCUGAUGGGUCUUUUGAGUGGCAGAGAACUGGGAUUCCAAGCAAAAACAGGUUUUUCG